UUGCACUUUUUUGACCAGUGUGACUUUAAAAGUUUUUUAUAGUCACACUUUGUAAUUAUGCAUCCACAUAUGCUCUCCAAUGUGCAUUGUACAUAUGUAUAUUUAAAAUCAUGGCGAAACAAUUAAAGGUGGUCUCAUUUGUACAACAACCACAAAUUAUAUGGUGCAAUCCGCCAUCUUGUCAUCAAGCUGAUCGGCGUUUUGCCUACACACACAAAGAAAUUUGUGUGCGUGUGUGUAUACGUUUGUGUACAUAAGCAGAGAAUAUGGGAGAAAGAAGAACGUUAUCAACAAUUCAUAAGGAUUUCAAGCCCGAUGUUUUUGCUGAAGAAAGUCGUCAAUUAAUGGCCAUAUUUCCAGAAAUUCAGCGCAAUGUAGCUGAAAUCACAGAUGCCAUCGACCCAGUUACCACCUCCUCGUGGAUAACGCGCUCUUUAGAGUAUAAUGUUCCCCAUGGCAACAAAUAUCGAGGAAUACUAACUGUACAGGCAUAUAAAAGCCUUGUAGCAUCACAAAAUGUCACUCCAGAAAUGAUCAAAUUAUCCUAUAUUCUUGGAUGGUGUGUUGAAAUGCUCAAUUCAUUCUUUCUAAUUUACGAUGAUCUCAUGGAUGGUAGCCUCAAGCGUCGUAGUCGCAUCUGCUGGCACAAUUUACAGGAUGUCGGUGUUACAGCUGUCAAUGAUGUUAUACUUUUAGAGAACAUGACUUAUGCCUUGCUCAAAAAGUAUUUCCAUAAAUCGCAGGGAUAUGUGAAAAUAAUGGAAUUGUUUCAUGAGACAAUAUACAUUACAGCAUGUGGGCAAUGUAUGGAUGUGUUGAAUGGUCGCAAAAGUAUUAUGGAGCUCACAGCUGAAAAAUAUCGAGUAAUGACCCAUAAUAAGACAGCAUUUCAUACUUUCUAUUUUCCCGUAGCCGUGGCUAUGCAACUGGCAGGUGUAAAGGAUCAGCAAUACUUUAAGCAAGCACAUGACAUUGCUAUGGAAUUUGGUUAUUAUUUUCAAGUUCAAAAUGAUUACUUGGAUUGUUAUGGUAAACCUGAAAAAUCUGGAAAAAUCGGAACCGAUAUUGAAAAUAAUAAACUUUCUUGGUUGGCUUUGGAAUGCCUACGGCUUGCCAACGAUGACCAAAAACAAAUCAUGAAGGAAUGUUAUGGCAAAAAUGAUCCUCAAAUGGUGGAACGUGUUAAACAACUAUACAAGGACCUAAAGCUAACAACACUAUAUGUUGCAUAUGAAGAAGAAACCUACGCAAGGAUUAAAACUCUCAUAGAGAAGUUAUCAAGUUGUCCAUUUUAUGAGAUAUAUUUACAAAUGCUAAACAAAAUUCAUCGACGUGAGCGGUGAAAAGGAGUCAAUAGUUUAAACAAAAUAAAUGCAAAUGAAUGAGCAGAUGAAUAAUUGAUCAUAUUUAUUCUGUGCAAAAUC